CCUAUGAUUUAGCAAGUGGGCAGAUUUAUGAUGAAAUGCUACAGUAUCUUUCAGGUAUUUCUCGUGCAAGCUUACGCAAAAGAACUCAAAGAACUAAACCUAUAUAUAAAUUAUUUAGCGCAAUUGGAGAAGAUAAAAUUAGUCGAAUUAAAUCUUAUAGUGCAAAUAAACUCUCAAAGCUAACUGAUAAACAAAUUGAUGUAAUUAUAAACCAUUAUACUACCAAAAUACUAGUGCGUGACCAAAAGUCUCGCACUCACGUGACAGAAUCCACUCUAAAAUCCGGAUUUAAUCCGAGUGAUAACAAAAAUCACACGACCAAACCAUCUAGCUUGAAAGACGUAUCAAAUAUUAAGGCAAGUAUAUCUGCUGAAUCAUCCCAUGCCCCUAGUUCGGAAGAUAUGAUAAGUGAGGAUAACAAAUCUUCAUCGAAUACUAAUAAUAUUCUACAGGAUAAUAUUUUACUGGAAACGAAUCCAAAGGAUUCAACUGAGGUGAGUGUAUUGCCUGAAAAG